UUAAGUUUCAAGCAUAUCACAUUUUUUUCAAAAUAUUCCUUCCAAUAUGACUUUACAGCGUACAACGCAACUCGUUGCCGCAUUGACAAGAGAAACGCAUAGUUUGACUCCAAUGCAAAAAUUUAUAUUUAUCACUAUAGGAUUCUGUACAUCCCUAUUCAUAUUUUGGCUAAUUAGCAAAGCUUAAUCAAAACUAAACUGAAAACAGAAGUGGCUAGCAAAAAAUCAAUUAGAAAAAUGGACAAAGGAUCUACAAUUAACAUUGCCAAUGUAACCGCAUCCACAUCUGUCCCUUCCUUGCCAUCUUCAUCAACAUCAUCGUCCAACUGCAACUCCACUUGUGAUGGCAUUAAAUCUGCUAUAAUUCAAAAUAAUGAAUUUUCCACAAUUGUAUCCAACAGUGAAGAGACCAAUACGACAAAAUUCCAUGAUCUAAAAAUUACCUUUGCUACUCGGGAAACUCACGUAAGACCAACUAACCGUGACAGAAAUGCUACACUGCCAACCAGCUAUGAAGUCGACUACAAUCUAAUGGACCAAAGUUAUUCCCCUAGCACUUUGGCCGAAAUAUAUGAUGAUGAGUUCUUCGAUUUUGGCGACAGCCGUCGUGAAGUGCAACCAGUUAGAAUUAAUCACAAAGAAGGGAUAUUUUGCUGCUUUAUCACUGGUGUAGCUAUAGGUCUGCUCUUGCUUAUGGCAUAUCUCUUAAUACUGUUACUGGAUCCCAUUACCAAAACAAUGGAAGCAAUGCAUAAUUCGUUUCAGAAUUUGACAAACUCCAUCAUUAAGAAAAAACUUCAUUAUCAUAAUAAACCUGUUUAAAUGUGUUUAUUAUUAUACUUUGUAGAGUUUUAAACCAAACUUGAACUUUAAAUAAACUCUUUUUGCACAUUGGA